UUAUAAAGCUGGGGUUGCGAACACCUCUUCCAAACUUCCAAAGCCCGACGGACGAUAAGCUGGUCGCAAAGAUGAACAACGAGGGGGAGGAGAUGCGCAAACCAAUCCGGCUCAUCGCGGCUGCCUGCCGUGACAUGGGCAUAGGAAAGAACGGACAGCUUCCCUGGAGCCUUCCAAAAGAAUUUCUGUUCUUUAUGGAUACAAUUACAGCUGUGUCAGCACCUGGGAAGAAGAAUCUGGUUGUCUGGGGGCGAAUCUCCUUGUCCUCCUGUCCUGAGACGGUCUUCCCUUUGGCCAACUGCAUCAAUUUGGUAUUGAGCAGGAAGCUGACUGCAGUGCCUCCACGUGCCCACUAUCUGUGUAAGGAUUUCGGAUCAGUAAUUCGUCUGGCUUCUGAGCCCCCCUUAUGUCACACUGUGGAGACCAUCUGGGUUUUAGGAGGCACAGAGGUGUAUAAGGAAAGUCUUGCGCAUCCAUGGUGUGAUCUCAUCUAUCUCACUGACAUCAUGGCCGAAUUUGACUGCGAUGUCUUUUUCCCCAAAUUUGACCGCAAUGUUUUCAGAAAACAAAAGGGCUUUCCAGGAGUACCAGAUGAAAUUCAGGAAGAAAAUGGUAUUAAAUUUCAAUUUCAAGUCUUCAAGAAAGAAGCUUGAAACUGAAGCUGGGAAGAGACCAGACUGAAAAACUACGGAGCCCCAAAGGGGACAAGGUACUAAUGGAGGAAAAAUGCGCUUGCAUUGUCUCGCAGAAUUAUUGCUUUCUCCUGAGAACCUUUACGUUCUUACGCAGAACAGUUGCAUUCCCUCGCAAUAGUAUUAAGAGACAUUUUGCAUUUUCUUGCAAAAAGUAUAGCAUUCUCUCCCCAAAGUGUUGCAUUCCUUUUUGUGCUCUUUGCAUUCCCCUGAGAAACUUUGUGUAUUCUCGCAAGUGUUAGAUUCUACCAAAAAAAAAAAAAAAAACCUACAAAACAUUUACAUUCUCUCACUAAUAUAUUGUUUUUGUAUUGAAAAACUAUAGUUAUUGUAAAACUGUACUUGUUGUAUUGGUUUUAACAAUAAUGUCAGCUUUGCAGACUUUAAGAAUAUUGCACAGAAGAACACUUUAUAUCAAAGGCUCUGUUGAGAGCUACAGAAUGUCACUGGUGGACUUCAUAACCAUCAAAUCAUAAGCAUUUCAAAGCAGCAAGUUCUUCAUUUAAACCAUAUGAAGAUAAUUUACAUAAUAUCAACUUUUUUCAUUACAUAAGAAAUCACACCACACAUGAUCUGAAACAGCAGAUGCACUCAGUGCUGCCAGUGAUGAGCACCACUUCUCUCACGGUUACACAUGAAACCGUUUGUGACCACUCACCAGAUCCACUGUUACUCAUCUCACGGUCACCAUAGUGACACGAGUGUGAUGAGUCAAAGCAGAUCAGGGAGAUGGGACACAGUAGGAGUUAUAUAUAUGGUUUGUGUAUACAUACCAUCUGCUGUGUGAACCUUACUCAAGUUAGUAGGCUAUUAGUUUUUCUGUCAUGUAAGUUUUGUAGGCAGUGUAUUUAACUUCUUAUAAUUGUGAUAUUCUAUAAACUUGUUUUUUUUGUGUGAAAUUAAAUAUUUUGUGCUAUAAUAAAGUUUGUUUCUAAUCCAAAUUAAAAGUGUGCAGCAUUUAAUGGCAUGUUACUAUACAAUUAAACAUAUACAUACACACACACACACACACACACACAUAUAUAUAUACACACU